CUGUGGUGGCGACGGAACGAGCGGUUGGAGAGGGGCCGCCGAGGGCGGGCGACGGCGCCGUGACAGGCAGCGCGGAGGGGACCUCCGGGGCGACGAUGGCAGAGGGGCCCGAGGAAGCCCGGAGCCGUCCUCCGGGGCAGGAUGGCGAUGGCGGGGACCACGAGCCGGACCCUUCCGGGCCAGGCUCUCCCCCUACCGCCGCCGCCCCCCGGUCCCCGGUCCUCGCGGGCGUCGCCUCGGCCGUGUCGGAGCCCGAGCCGCAGUGCGAGCUCCGCAAGCGCCGGGAGACGGGCGCGGAGCCUCCGGAGGCGGGAGGCUGCGAGGCGUCGGCCGGCCCGGGGCGGCUGAGCGCGCGCGAGUACUCGCGGCAGGUGCACGAGUGGCUGUGGCAGUCCUACUGCGGCUACCUGACCUGGCACAGCGGCCUGGCCGCCCUGCCCGCCUACUGCGGCCCGCCGCCACCCGCCGCCACCGCUGCCACCGCCCCGCAGCCCGCCGUCCCCUCGCCGUCGUCCCCGCCGACGCCGUCGUCCCCGCCGCCACCGCCGCAGCUGGCUUACUACAACCCCUUCUACUUCCUGAGCGCUGCGGGACCCGGGCCGGGGGCGGCCACGGGCGGCGCCACCCCGACGGCUGUCGCGGGCCUCACGGGCCGGACCCCGCACGUGCAGGCAUCGGCCCGGGCGACCCCCGGGACCAGGGUGGCCUCUGCAGCCCCUGCGCGGACGACCAGCGACACCGGGCGGCAGGCAGGUAGAGAGUAUGUCAUUCCAUCCUUGGCCCACAGAUUUAUGGCAGAGAUGGUGGAUUUCUUUAUCCUCUUCUUUAUAAAAGCAACCAUUGUCUUGAGCAUCAUGCAUCUCAGUGGAAUAAAGGACAUCUCUAAGUUUGCCAUGCACUAUAUAAUAGAAGAGAUUGAUGAAGACACAUCAAUGGAAGACCUGCAGAAAAUGAUGAUUGUGGCGCUUAUAUACAGGUUGUUAGUUUGUUUUUAUGAGAUAAUUUGCAUUUGGGGAGCGGGGGGAGCUACCCCAGGAAAAUUCCUGCUAGGGCUUCGAGUUGUGACAUGUGAUACAUCAGUACUCAUUGCUCCAAGUCGGGUUUUAGUGAUUCCUUCCUCAAAUGUUAGCAUCACAACGUCCACCAUACGAGCUUUGAUCAAGAAUUUUUCUAUUGCUUCUUUUUUCCCUGCUUUCAUCACACUGCUGUUUUUUCAGCAUAAUCGAACAGCCUAUGACAUUGUAGCAGGAACCAUUGUGGUAAAGAGAAAUGGGGUCAGAUGAUGCCCAGAAUCCUGAAUUCCACUCUUAGGAAUAAUGACAAGACUAAAUUAUGUAUUGAGGCCAUCAUUAUCUCUGGGUUACAUUAAUUGAUGAUUUAAAAAUUAAAGCAGUCAUUCCAGUGUGAUGCAGGGGACUGUUCUCAAAGUGUUGACUGUACUUGAAUGUCAGGGAACUUUUCCAGAAGGAAAAACUAUUAAAUUUAAGUGUUAAAAUAUUUAGAGAACAAAGCAAAUUUCAUAAUCAAUAUAGGCAAAUACAUACUUUAACAUUUAAGAUAACCAAAAUUUGCUGGAAGCAUUUUCAGCUUUAAAUUCUCUAAAUCAAACUUUAAAGUUUUAAUUUUGGCUUAUCCUAGAGUGAUUGAGAAAUAUCCAAUUGUGUUUUAUAAACACCUACAGAACUCCCACAACUCUUCUUAUGGAAGCUGCUUUUUGUGAGCAUUGAAAGAGCAUCAACUCAACAACCCACUUACUCCACAGCAGGUGCUGGGAGAAAAGGGCUAGUGAGGAAGGCCUAGGAGUCCCCUCGCCCACACUUGUAGGGUAGUCUAGAGCUCGCUGCAGUAGUGGGAUGUUUCAGCUUCUUACUGCUUAUGUAUUUGGAGGCAAGAUUUUCAUGAUAAUGUACUGAGUCAUAUCAUUGAUAUUUUUAAAAGGUAAGUUAGUUGCCUUCUGUGGGGAGUGGGGGUGGGAGUGGGGAUUUCCAUUGUAAAUUCAGUUUAGAAUUCAUGUGUCCAAAAAAUCCAACUAUAUUUAUAUAUGCAGGAGGAAUAUCCAAACAUUCCCAGUAUGUGCUCUCCAGUGUUCUGAAUGCACCUGUAGAUUCUAUUUAUGUACAGUAAAUUCCUAAGGCACCAUGUAUUCUAUACAGUCCCAAAACUGUCAAAACAUCAAGGUGUUAGAGUGUAUUUAGUGAAUAACUUAAAUAAUAGCAGCCUGUGAAAUAUAAGCAGUUUUCCUAUUAUGAAUUGUUCUCUCUAAAGCAAGGCAGCACAUAAUCUUCGAACUUUAUUCAAGUUUCUUUAAGCUCAUUUUGGCCUGUUAGAGAUGAAAUUUGGAGGGGGGUGGGGAUGUUAAAGCAAGACUUUGUGUAUUGCCAUUGUACUUUGCUCUGUUGGUGAAACAUUGGAUUUAUGUCUGUGUGUUUUUGUUGUGUCAGUUAGCUACCUGUACCAAAAUGUUAGUUUAAAACCUUACUUCUUACUCAUUCCCUACAAACACUAAAUUGUAUUGCACAAGAGAGCAAUCUUGACAUUUAAAACUGUGAAAAUGCAUUUAAUGUCUAUACUUUUGAGAAUCUCCUAAAAGCUCAUUGUUCAUCAACCAUGGUUUCUCAGAAUAAUUUUAUUUAAAUACAAUUUCACAGGAAGUCUAUUAUUUGUCAAAAGCAGUACAUAGAGCAUGUGCUUGUGGCUCUGGCAAGAUUUUAAAGCUCUUCAAACACUACAAAUUGAGAAGCUUGGUGUGGACACUUGCCAUUGAUGAGAGAAUUCAAGUUGAAAUGCGCUUCACCCAUACAGCUCUGGAGUAUUUGAUUACUGUUUCUACUGAGGAUAUUUUUAUUUAUACGGUAAAAUUAACAAGUAGUUAAAAUUUGUUGUUUAAAUACCAGUCUGCUAAACUUAAGUUCUUUAGAUCCAGCUAUGGAUUCAAGUUGUGCCAUAUAGGAUGUAAGAUAAAAGUAUUGUUUUGCCUCCACAAUAGAACCUCAAUCAGUUUAUAAGGAGAAAAGGGAAUCCGGCACAUUUUUCCCGGCCUCCUUCAAAGAACAUGUGUAUUCAUUUGACAGAAAUACUAGUUUCUGUCAAACUAACAUCAAAGUUUAAUUCUCAUGCUGAAGUGAAGCUAUUUAAUGAGCAUCCCCUAAACCUUGUUAGUGCAUUGCCAUUCGGGCAAUGAGAAGUCUCAGUACUCAUCACUUGGGAAUAUCUUGGAAGUAGGAUAUUCUGCACUCUAGGUAGCAGCAUGGUGACAAACCUGAGUAUUCUUUGUGACUAUAAACACAUGCCACUUUUGACAGUGUUCAUUACUUGACUCUGCCUACAAAGCAUUUACCUAAUUGCUCAUGCCUCAAAAUUGAGUCUUCGAAGGACUCUUUAACUUUAAAUGAACAUGUUCACAUCAGUUUCUGGCAAAGGGACGGUUUCCAGAUUAACAGUAUUCCUAAACAUCCACAUAACCAAAGACCAAAGUCCUUACUCGUGCCUGGGUGAAGCUCCUCGUUUUGGCUGGUAUGUGUAGAUUUCCUUGUAGUUCACUAUAGUAGGGCUUGCCCUGAAAACAGUAUCUACUGGCCCACCUAUAAAUAAAACAGCAUUCUAUUUUUAAUAUUUGUAUGUCACCAGUUUGUAUUUUGUGUCUCAAUAAAUACUUAUGUCAAGGUUAA